AUGAAGCUGUCGUCUUUGCUAUCGCUCGCUACCAAGGUAGCUGCUGUUACCAUAAGCGUAUCCAAAGAUGGAGGGAAAGACGCAUCGCCACUGCAAUACGGGCUAAUGUUCGAAGACAUUAACUUCUCUGGGGAUGGGGGGAUGUACGUUUGUUAUGUGGUGUUAAGUAGCCUUUAGCAACGUCUAACAUGUCUCAGAUACGCGGAACUCAUACGAAACCGAGCAUUCCAAGGCGACGAGUUCACGCCGUCGACUCUGGAUCCUUGGUCAGCGUUUGGUCCUGCCGACAUCUCGCUUUCCAAUUUGACUACCCCUCUUUCCCCAGCUUUGCCAACAUCUGUCGCUGUGAAGGGUAGAUUCGGAGAAGAAAUUGGUGUUUCCAACCCUGGAUACUGGGGAAUAGAUGUUCUGCCUCAGACAUACAAGGGAUCAUUCUGGGUCUUAGGCGAUUACCGAGGCGACUUCAAAGCGGCCUUGCGCAGCGCAAGCUCAGGUGAGAUCUUGACAUCAGUCAACAUUCCAUCUCAUUCCAACACACGUGCGUGGACCAAGCAUGAAUUUGUACUUAACUCAGACAUUACCGCCGGGUACAAGACCAACUUCACAUUGACUUUCGAGGCCAAAAGCAGCCCUCAAGUCUUGAACUUCAACCUCAUAAGUCUGUUCCCACCUACUUAUAAUAACAGAGAAAAUGGACUGCGUCGAGACUUGAUGCAAUCGCUCAAAGAUCUAAACCCCAGCUUUAUGCGGAUCCCCGGUGGUAACAAUCUGCAGGGGAAAGUACCUGGAAGUAGAUGGAAAUGGAAUGAGACAAUCGGGGAUCUCAUUGACCGGCCUGGGAGGACUGGUGCUUGGAGGUACUACAACACAGAUGGGCUUGGCUUAAUUGAAUAUAUGCUGGUGAGUAAACUUAUAACUACAGUUCCAUGAAUACAUUUAGUGACUAAAGAGUGGAUAGUGGUGUCAGGACCUAGAAGUAGAGCCUGUGUUGAUACUUUGGGCUGGGCUCUAUCUAGAUGGCACGGUCAUCCCCGAGGAUGGACUCGACUUUUACAUUCAAGAUGCCCUUCACGAGAUUGAAUUUUUGACCGGAGACGCUUCGACUGAGUAUGGGGCGAAAAGAGCUGCCUUGGGCUACGAGACACCCUUUGAAAUAAACUUCGUGGGCGUAAGUAAGGGGGAAGCUGGCUGUAGUUGAUCUUUCGCUGACCAAGGUCUACUUUAGGUCGGAAAUGAGGAUCAUUUCUCGAGUGGAAUGAAAUCCUAUAACGAGUAUCGAUUUCGAAUGUUUUUUGAUGCGAUCAGUGAAAGAUACCCGCAUCUCCAAAUUCUUUCUUCAACGGUCGAACUGGAUCCCAUUCCGAAGGGGGCAGUUCUCGAUUACCACGAUUAUGGUGUAGGUCGUGUUCCUUGAUGUCGUUGAAGUCGACUAUUCUGAUGAACCACAGAACCCAGAUGGAGCUGUGAGAAAUUUCACCCUAUUUGACGAUCAGGAUGAGGGCAACAAAGUCCUUGUCGGAGAAUAUGGCGUCGCAAGAAACAACGGCAAUGAAGUUCUCUGGAAAGACCACAGAAAGCGACCAUGGUGGAUUGCUAGUGUAGCAGAAGCUGUUUUCUAUUUGGGCGUCGAACGGAAUCCUGACAAAGUUUUUGGGUGUGCUUUUGCGCCCCUGUUGCAAAACAUUGAAUCCUAUCAAUGGAAUGUAGGUGCUUCGUAUCUUUCUUGGAUUAAAUCCACGGGUUUUAUGAUGAAUAGCUGACUGGAUUAGCCUAACCUCAUCACGUUCAACGCAAACACAUCCGCGACCGUCAAAUCUACAAGUUUUCACGUCAUGGAGCUCCUGUCUAACAAUAGAUUCACAACCCUUUUACCUGUCGAGAAUUCAGAAGAAUAUGAUCCCGGAUUUUGGGUUGCUGGUCUGAAUGAUGAUAUAAAUACCUAUGUUUGGAAAGGUGCCGUGUACAACACGACGAUGGAACAGGAAUUCGACAUCAAUUUUCCCGGUUUGCAGCAACCAGCAGUUGCAGAGCUUACGGUCCUGACUGCGCCAGAUGCCUUCUCUGAGAAUGUGUUUGGGGAGCCCGAUCUUGUUGAUACAAAAAGAACCCGAUUAGAAGCAGGACAGGACGGGUUCACGUUUGUUCUUCCUCAGUGGUCUGUGGCCGUUUUGA